GCAGCCAGAGAGCCCCGAUGCUUAUUCAGGCUGGGGAGAGGAGCCGAGUGGAGGGGCGAGCGAGGCUCCGGCAGCGCAGGGGAGCCCGGGGAGGCGGCGGCGCGCGGCGGAGCCAGUGGCCGGACAUGCCCCGGACUCGGGGCCGCUGCACCACAGCCGCCGCCCGGAGCCAGCCGGCCGGACGCCGACACGCCUGGGUCCCCCGGCGCCGCGCCACCCGGGGGCUGCUACCCGGACCCUCGGCGUCCGACCAACAAUAAGCGCCCAGACAGCCCCCUCCCCGCCCCGCGCCCGCCGUCCCCGCGGGCCCCGGGGAAAGUGAAAGGAGGAGGCGAAGGAAGGAAGGAAGGAAGGAAGGGAGGAGGAGCGGGAGCCCGAGCCGUGAGGUUCGGGGCCGAGACCCCAGCCCCGAGCCCCGGGCCGGGCGGGUGUGCGCGCUCUCCCGCCGCUGCCCCGCGCCCACGACCAUGCUCCGCGGUUGGGAGGCAGGAACCCAGGCGCCCAGCGACCCCCGGAGACCUCCCGGGCCGGGCUGGUAUUGAGACCAAGGCGUCCAGGAUCAAAAGAUCACCGCCUGCCCGCCCCCCUCUGCACCUCCAACUGGCGAGCAGGAGGACCCCAAUCCACCCACCGACCCUGACCUGGUCAUGGCGUCCAGCUCCGGCCUGGCGUGAGGACCCCCGACCCGCGUGAGGCUGCGCCCCCCAGGACUUUGCAUCUUCAGGGGACAAGGGGUGUAGCCAAGGAGACCACACAGGGAACCCCCAUCCCAGACCACACCCUUGAGCCUGAGCCCGACACACAUUAUUCCUGAGUCCGUGCUCCAGUACCGAGUACCUGGCUGGGCCCUGGGCACGCACAGGGGCCGUAGCCCCACUGUGUGUGGGAGCCAUGAGGAUCCUGGCUAACAAGACAAGGUUACCCCACCCCAGGAGGAGAGAAGCUCCAGGGAGCCCGCCGCUGUCCCCCCGCGGCCACUGCCCCCCUGCCCCAGCCAAGCCAAUGCACCCAGAAAAUAAGUUGACCAAUCAUGGCAAGACAGGGAAUGGCGGGGCCCAAUCCCAGCACCAGAAUGUGAACCAAGGACCCACCUGCAACCUGGGCUCGAAGGGCGUGGGGGCGGGGAACCAUGGGGCCAAGGCCAACCAGAUCUCACCUAGCAACUCAAGUCUGAAGAACCCCCAGGCAGGGGUGCCCCCUUUCAGCUCGCUCAAGGGCAAAGUGAAGAGGGAGCGGAGCGUGUCUGUGGACUCUGGAGAGCAGCGAGAGGCUGGGACCCCAUCCCUGGAUUCAGAGGCCAAAGAGGUGGCACCCCGGAGCAAGCGGCGUUGUGUGCUGGAGCGGAAGCAGCCAUACAGUGGGGACGAAUGGUGCUCAGGACCAGACAGCGAGGAGGACGACAAGCCCAUUGGGGCCACCCACAAUUGUAAUGUAGCAGAGCCAGGCAUGGCGGCCCCACAGCUGGGUCCCAGCCAAGCCGCCCAACUGCCCCUCAGUGAGAGCAGUGCACCAGGCCCCCCGCAUGGGCCCCCUCCAGGCCUUCGGUCUGAUGCCCCCGGAGGUGGGGGCGGGGGUGUCCCUGGAAAGCCUCCCUCACAGUUUGUGUACGUCUUCACCACCCACCUGGCCAACACGGCCGCAGAGGCAGUGCUGCAGGGCCGGGCCGAUUCCAUCCUUGCCUACCAUCAGCAGAACGUGCCCCGGGCCAAGCUUGACCAGGCCCCGAAAGUGCCACCCACCCCAGAACCGCUACCCCUGAGCACACCGUCAGCAGGCACCCCGCAGUCCCAGCCGCCUACUCUGCCGCCACCACCACCCCCAGCCCCUGGCAGUGCCCCACCUGCUCUGCCUUCAGAGGGGCCUCCUGAGGACACCAAUCAGGACCUGACGCCUAACUCAGUGGGAGCUGCCAGCACGGGUGGUGGGACAGCGGGCACCCACCCUAACACCCCUACGGCUGCCACCACCAACAACCCACUGCCUCCUGGAGGAGACCCCAGCAGUGCCCCUGGCCCUGCCCUGAUAGGGGAGACAGCUCCCUCAGGAAAUGGGCAGCGGAGCCUCGUGGGCUCUGAGGGCCUGUCUAAGGAGCAGCUGGAGCAUCGGGAGCGUUCCCUCCAGACCCUGCGAGACAUCGAGCGGCUGUUGCUCCGCAGCGGGGAGACCGAGCCCUUCCUCAAGGGGCCCCCGGGAGGAGCAGGUGAGGGGGGACCACCAGCACAAGCCCCUCCUGCCCCCCAGCAGCCACCUGUGGCCCCUCCCGGUGGGCUGAAGAAGUACGAAGAGCCCUUGCAGUCCAUGAUUUCGCAGACACAGAGCCUAGGGGGUCCCCCGCUGGAGCAUGAAGUGCCUGGGCACCCCCCAGGUGAGGACAUGGGACAGCAGAUGAACCUGAUGAUGCAGAGGCUGGGCCAGGACAGCCUGACGCCUGAGCAAGUGGCCUGGCGCAAGCUGCAGGAAGAGUACUACGAGGAGAAACGGCGGAAGGAGGAGCAGAUUGGGCUGCACGGGGGCCGCCCUCUGCAGGACAUGAUGGGCAUGGGGGGCAUGAUGGUGAGGGGGCCGCCCCCUCCCUACCACAGCAAGCCUGGGGAUCAGUGGCCACCUGGAAUGGGUGCACAGCUGCGGGGGCCCAUGGAUGUCCAAGAUCCCAUGCAGCUCCGGGGCGGACCUCCCUUCCCUGGCCCUCGUUUCCCAGGCAACCAGAUGCAACGGGUACCUGGGUUUGGAGGCAUGCAGGGUAUGCCCAUGGAGGUGCCCAUGAAUACCAUGCAAAGGCCUGUGAGGCCGGGCAUGGGCUGGACUGAAGAUUUGCCCCCCAUGGGGGGGCCUAGCAAUUUUGCCCAGAAUGCUGUGCCCUACCCAGGUGGGCAGGGUGAAGCAGAGCGAUUCAUGACUCCUCGGGUUCGAGAGGAGCUGCUGCGGCACCAGCUGCUGGAAAAGCGGUCGAUGGGCAUGCAGCGCCCCCUGGGCAUGGCAGGCAGUGGCCUGGGGCAGGGCAUGGAGAUGGAGCGGAUGAUGCAGGCGCACCGGCAGAUGGAUCCGGCCAUGUUCCCCGGGCAGAUGGCUGGUGGCGAGGGCCUGGCGGGCACUCCCAUGGGCAUGGAGUUCGGUGGAGGUCGGGGCCUUCUAAGUCCCCCCAUGGGGCAGUCUGGGCUGAGGGAGGUGGACCCACCCAUGGGGCCAGGCAACCUCAACAUGAACAUGAAUGUGAACAUGAACAUGAACAUGAACCUGAAUGUGCAGAUGACCCCGCAGCAGCAGAUGCUGAUGUCACAGAAGAUGCGAGGCCCUGGGGACAUGAUGGGGCCACAGGGCCUCAGUCCUGAGGAGAUGGCCCGGGUGCGGGCCCAGAACAGCAGUGGCAUGAUGGGUGGCCCGCAGAAGAUGCUUAUGCCUUCACAGUUUCCUAACCAGGGCCAGCAGGGAUUCUCUGGGGGCCAGGGACCCUACCAAGCCAUGCCCCAGGACAUGGGCAAUACCCAAGACAUGUUCAGCCCUGACCAGAGCUCAAUGCCCAUGGGCAAUGUGGGCACCACUCGGCUCAGCCACAUGCCUCUGCCUCCUGCAUCCAAUCCUCCUCCCGGGUCUGUGCAUUCAGCCCCAAACCGGGGGCUGGGCAGACGGCCUUCAGACCUCACCAUCAGUAUUAAUCAGAUGGGCUCGCCAGGCAUGGGGCAUCUGAAAUCGCCCACCCUUAGCCAGGUGCACUCACCCCUGGUCACCUCGCCCUCCGCCAACCUCAAGUCACCCCAGACUCCCUCACAGAUGGUGCCCUUGCCUUCGGCCAACCCGCCAGGACCUCUCAAGUCGCCCCAGGUCCUCAGCUCCUCCCUCAGUGUCCGUUCACCCACUGGCUCACCCAGCAGGCUCAAGUCUCCCUCCAUGGCGGUGCCUUCUCCAGGUUGGGUUGCCUCACCCAAGACAGCCAUGCCCAGCCCUGGGGUCCCCCAGAACAAGCAGCCGCCUCUCAACAUGAACUCUUCCACCACCCUGGGCAGUAUGGAACAGAGUGCCCUCCCGCCUAGCGGCCCCCGGAGCAGCAACUCAGCGCCUCCCGCCAACCCUCCCAGUGGCCUCAUGAACCCCAGCCUGCCAUUCACUUCCUCCCCAGACCCCACGCCUUCCCAGAACCCCCUGUCACUGAUGAUGUCCCAGAUGUCCAAGUAUGCCAUGCCCAGCUCCACCCCACUCUACCACAAUGCCAUCAAGACCAUCGCCACCUCAGAUGACGAGCUGCUGCCCGACCGGCCCCUGCUACCCCCGCCACCACCACCGCAGGGCUCUGGGCCAGGGAUCAGCAAUAACCAGCCCAACCAGAUGCACCUGAACUCAGCUGCUGCCCAGAGUCCCAUGGGCAUGAACCUGCCAGGCCAGCAGCCCCUGUCCCAUGAGCCCCCGCCUGCCAUGUUGCCCUCCCCCACCCCUUUGGGCUCCAACAUUCCACUGCACCCCAAUGCGCAGGGGACAGGAGGACCCCCUCAAAACUCGAUGAUCAUGGCUCCAGGGGGCCCAGACUCCCUGAAUGCCCCCUGUGGCCCUGUGCCCAGCUCCUCCCAGAUGAUGCCCUUCCCCCCUCGGCUGCAGCAGCCCCAUGGUGCCAUGGCUCCCAGUGGGGGUGCGGGCGCUGGGCCUGGCCUGCAGCAGCACUAUCCUUCAGGUAUGCCCCUGCCCCCAGAGGACCUGCCCAGCCAGCCGCCAGGCCCCAUGCCCCCCCAGCAGCACCUGAUGGGCAAAACCAUGGCAGGGCGCAUGGGCGAUGCAUACCCACCAGGCGUGCUUCCUGGGGUGGCAUCAGUGCUGAACGACCCCGAGCUGAGCGAGGUGAUCCGGCCCACCCCGACGGGGAUCCCUGAGUUCGACUUGUCGAGGAUCAUCCUCUCUGAGAAGCCAAGCAGCACACUCCAGUACAUCCCCAAGAGCGAGAACCAGCCCCCUAAGGCCCAGCCCCCCAAUCUGCAUCUCAUGAACCUGCAGAAUAUGAUGGCGGAGCAGACUCCCUCCCGGCCCCCCAACCUCCCGGGCCAGCAGGGUGUCCAGCGGGGGCUCAACAUGUCCAUGUGCCACCCGGGACAGAUGUCCUUGCUGGGCAGGACAGGUGUGCCCCCACAGCAGGGCAUGGUGCCCCACGGCCUGCACCAGGGGGUCAUGUCCCCUCCACAAGGCCUCAUGACCCAGCAGAAUUUCAUGCUGAUGAAGCAACGGGGUGUGGGGGGUGAGGUCUACAGCCAGCCCCCCCACAUGCUCUCCCCACAGGGCUCCCUCAUGGGCCCCCCGCCCCAGCAGAACCUCAUGGUGUCCCACCCCCUGCGGCAGCGCAGUGUGUCUCUGGACAGCCAGAUGGGCUACCUCCCAACGCCGGGCAGCAUGGCCAACCUGCCCUUCUAGCAGUCCCCGUUUGGGGCUGGAGCUGGGGCAACAUUGCAAAUAUGAUAACCUUAAAAAAGUUUCUUCCCCUCCAGUGUUGGGAUGGCCUGGGUCAAGGGGUGGGGUGGACGGGGUGGGAGGGGCUUGUGUGGGGAGUGGCAUUUGUGGAAACCAGAUGUGCUGGCAGCUUUGGGGGAAGUGGCAGAGUUGGGGGGUGGGGAUUUUGGAUUGCUGUUUGUUCCAUUUCGGCCACCACAACUGCCCCCUCCCUGGCUCCUCCCAAUCCUAUGGAGCCUCUAUUUUCCUUCCUUCUUUGCACCCACCGUCAUUCAGCUAUGCUUCAGGAGUCCUGUGUGGAAUCCUUGGGGGAGAGAGGAAGGAAAGAUGUCCCCCUCCCGUCCCUUUCCUUUCUGCUGCUGUCUCCUAUCUCUUCAUUGCUCCCGCGUCACUUUCCUCCUCUUGAUUUUUCUGCUCCUGCGUUCUUCCUUCUGUCUUUUCCUGCCUCAUUUCCUCUCCCUGCUGAUGUGGCUGACCCCUCUCCCACCCUUCCCUGCAGGCGGCUGGCCAGGUGGGCAGGUGCCAGCCGUAGCUGUAAAUAGAGCGCUGCGCUUUUGUGCCGGUUUGUGCGUGUGCUGUAUUUCUGUGUUUUGAUAGAAGUCACACAAAAAAAAAGGAUAAAAGAAACCUUUCCCCCCUUUUUCAAAUUAUUGCCCCUUUCCAUUCCCCUGGACCCAGGAACAUGCAGUACAGCACACCCACCCACUGUUCACGGUGUCCCUGGGUCCAUAAAGGAUACCAUUCCAGCCCCCUCGCCAAAUGGUGAAAUGACAGAUGCCCCACCACUAAACUGAGGUCAGACUACCUGGGCUUCCACCUGGAGAGCCCCAGCAUGCUGAGACCCCCAGGCUGGCAGCCUGUCUGCUGCUGAGUGAUCCAGGAGAACACGUGCACAUGCAUGCGUGUUUGCCCCACACAGGUAACAUGGGGCCUUGGCUUCCCAGCUGUGGAUGUCUAGGGUCCCCUGCUGCUACAUCUUAGCCAGAACUUGAAGUCCUUGGUCCCCAGUCUGGGAUGAAGGAAAGGAGGAAGAGGUGGAGGCUGUGUGGCCCCCUUGAGUGGAGCCAUGGAGGAGUGACAGGGUGGCCCAGAUGGCCCUGGGCCAGGUAACCCCCAGGGCCCUGACUCUUCCAGAGGCUGCCACCAGCUGCUUCUGCCCAAAGGAGGAAGGAAAAGGGUUUGGUUGAGUCGGUCUGUCUCCCUCCAGCCUCCACCCCUGAGGAUGGAAUAGAGAAGGUGUUGGACAGGGAGCAGGAGAGUGUCCUACCACCUCCUUUCUGCCUGCCUACUUACUGGCAAGGACCCUCUGCCCAGGGCUCAGGGCUCUUUGCCCACCCAGGCGCAGCCACUGCCUCUCCCUCAGUCCCCUGCUCUUCCCCAGAAGAGCUCCCCAAUGCCUCUGGUGAGAGCUGAAGCCAUACACGACUGAGUGUUUUGCCCCCCCUCGGCCCCAGGAGUAAACACUUCUCCUUUUCUCACUUCCUUUCCUGCCUUGUGAGGUGGCAAGGCAGUUCCCUGGCUGAGGCCUUUUACGCCCCGCCUCCAGGGCCCAGGGCCAUUUCUAGACAAAGUGUCUUCUGCCAUGGCCCCGUCCCCAGCCUUCCUGAUCUGCAGGGCCUGGUCUCGCGUUGGCAGCUGUGAAACAAAGGGAAUUUGCCCCCACUUCUCCCAGUCUGGUGCUGUCCUCAGUCCACCGUCAGCCAGGUCAAGCGCUUCCUCCAGGGCUGGCCGCAGGCUCCUGCCCCCCCAGCACCUCCCAGGGGCCAGGGCCCGGCCUCUGUUCACAGGCCACCUGCCCUCCAUCCUGCCAGGCACUUUGCCUGCCCUGCCUCAACCUGGGCCCUGUGCCCAUGAGCCCCCCACCCCUGACCCAAGACUCCCCAAACUGACUGUUUCCUGCCCAGAGGAGAAGGGUCAGAAUGCCAAGCACCCAGUGGCCUCCCCAUUCUCCUCCCUCCUCCGCCAUCAGACUAGCUUUCCAAGGUGAACUCCACAGGCCAGCCUACUUCUUCCCUCCAUCCAUGGCCAUAACCCCAGCCAUUUUGUACCAUUAUAUAAAUAUAUAUAUAUAAAUAUAAAUAUAUAAAUACAAUAUGUGAAGACAUCUUUUCGGUUUUUAUUUUGAAACAAUUUUUAGGCUUGUUCCGGGGGUCUCUGUGCUGCCUGUACUGUAUUGACCUGUUUUAUAGGUGCCUUUUUAUUAAAAAGAGAAAAUUAAAAA